UGUUGAUAAUUCUAUCUGGUGUCCACUCCCAGUGCGCAGGCGCAGCCCGGGUGACGAAGAUGGUGCUCAUCAAGGAAUACCGUGUAGUGUUGCCAGUCUCUGUGGAAGAGUAUCAAGUAGGGCAGCUGUUCUCUGUGGCCGAGGCCAGUAAGAAUGAGACCGGAGGAGGAGAAGGCAUCGAGGUGCUGAAGAAUGAGCCUUACGAGAAGGACGGGGAGAAGGGACAAUACACACACAAAAUAUACCAUCUAAAGAGUAAAGUCCCAGGUUAUGUGAAGAUGAUUGCACCAGAGGGAGCGUUAGUUUUUCACGAAAAGGCUUGGAACGCCUACCCGUACUGUCGCACCAUUGUGACGAACGAGUACAUGAAGGACGACUUUAUGAUAAAGAUCGAGACGUGGCACAAACCUGACAUGGGAACAAUAGAAAAUGUCCAUGACCUGGACGAGCAGACAUGGAGGACUGUGGAGGUGUCUCCCAUAGAUAUUGCAAACAAAGAAGAAGUGGCCCAAGGGGACUAUAAGCCAGAAGAAGAUCCCGCUCUUUUCCACUCCGCCAAGACGGGCAGAGGACCUCUCGGCCCCGAAUGGAAGAAUGAGCUGAAGACAGACUGUCCUUACAUGUGUGCAUACAAACUGGUCACUGUCAAGUUCAGAUGGUGGGGUCUGCAGACCAAAGUGGAGAACUUCAUCCACAGGCAAGAAAAGCGUAUAUUCACCAACUUCCACCGCCAGCUGUUCUGCUGGAUUGACAGAUGGGUGGGUUUGACCAUGGAGGACAUCAGGCGGAUGGAAGAGGAGACCCAGAAAGAGCUCGAGGAGAUGCGUCAGAAGGGGGAUGUGCGAGGCACCUCUGCGACAGACGAGUAGAGGCCCGUCGCUGUAGCUCAAACACUAGAGGCAGGCUGACUGCGUAAUACAGGUCCGAUUCGAGGCACCAGUGCUGCUCAUGAGCAAUGAGGCAAAUCAACCAAAACCCUGUCAUGAUGAUGUCAUCAGAGACACGUCCACCACGUUGAGGAAGUGGCCCUGACGUUCGUCGCCUCUCCUCUUCCUGUCUCACAUGAUUCAUUGGGGGGGGUUUGACAAAGAUUGGUUUAACAGUACUGUACAGAUUCUCUACCCCGAUCACAAGCCUCCUGUUCACCACAGAAAAAAAACAACAAAACCAUGGUUUUUGCAUACAUAUAAAAAAAGGAAAAAAAAAAAAAAAAACUUUGCACAGAACGUAAAAAUUGCCUGAUAUGUAAUUGUUAGUUGAUUAUUACAAUGGGCUUUGUUUUUAUUCAGGUGUGUAAACCGUGACUCAGAAAGU